UGUGGGCAUCUCGUUAUAAAGUUGUUGAUUAUACAGUUGUUGAUUUCAAUCUCACUCUUCUACAUACUGCGCAACUUGAUAAGACGCGCAGUACCAGCCUAUUUCUCAGGAAAUGUCGCUCUGGAGUCGGUAUACCGAUCCUAGUCCAUGGCAGGUCGUCUUGAGGUCUGACACUUUUCAGUCUCUCGAUGGGAAAGCGAUCAUCCAUGGCAACUUGAAUGCAGUGUGGUACAGCACACUCAUGGUUCCAGCAUAUUUUGCUGCUGCAUCCGCUCUUCUGCUCUUGCUACAUUUAAUAGCGCUAUCUAAGCCGGUCAAAAAGGUUUGGUCGCGUUUUCUGCCCUCUAGGACCGAGGAAGAACCUAGCAUUUUCUUCGAUGAACCUACUAUAGCUGAUGGAUUUUUCUCCGAGGCUAAAGUAUUCAUUUCCCAACAUGGUGGUUGGGUCAUUUUUGCAUACAAGUUUGCAAGAUUUAUUGGUUGUCUUGCGUUCCUGGGACUGUCAUUAGCUACUUUCAUAUUAGAUGAACGUGAAGAGCACGCAACUGGAGCCAACAAACUGUCCAAAGGAAAGCAUCGCAGGGCCCAUCCCUCCGAUGGCUACAUUCCGUUCUCUCACGCUGAGUGGUUGCAAUUUGCGUUGUGCAUGACUGCUGCUUAUGCAUCUAUUCUCGGGCUCGUUUCUGUGACAACGAAACCCCGAUGGAGCAGGCUGGUGUCCAAUCACCUGGCUACUCUUCUCUUCGCAGCCUUUGCGGUAUUUGCGUACCGGGAUCUAUGGCCCCUUAUCACCUUCCAUAAACGACCCAAAGAUUUUGAGGAAGGGAGCUUAUUGUGGGUGAAAGUCGCUGUUCUUUUCAUGUCAAGCAUCGUAUUCCCUCUCGUGAGCCCGAGGCAAUAUGUUCCAGUAGACCCCGCGAACGUCUCUGACAAUCCUCACCCCGAGCAAACUUCUUCUUGGCUGUCUAUGAUUUCGUAUACCUGGCUGGACCCCAUCGUCUUCAAGGCGUAUCGAGUUCCCCACCUGUCGCACGAAGAACUUCCCCCAAUGGCCGACCAUGAUCAUUCCAGGAACCUCAAAAAGAAGAGUUUCCCCCAUCUUGACCCCUUCUCUGGUAGCCGAAGGCGACAUAUCUUCUUCGGCCUCAUGAAGACUUUCUGCGUUGAGUAUAUAGUCUUGUCUGUUAUGAUUGUUCUCCAGGUGCUGGCAAAACUAGCCGCUCCCUUUGGAAUUAAUCAACUUUUGCUUUAUGUUGAAACGAAUGGCGAGCGUGCUGUGGUCCGUCCAUGGGUCUGGAUUUCCUGGCUGUUCUUAGGACCACUUGUGGCUUCCUUGGCAUGGCAAUGGUAUAUUUACAUUGCGACACGCGCACUCGUGCACACGGAGGGUAUUCUCACGCAGCUGGUCUUCGAGCACGCGCUCCGAAUCCGAAUGAAAGCUGAGCUCCCCGAUGACGGCAAGAAGUCUGGGGAGUCUACGGCAACAUCAACGCCAGACAGUGCAUCUGUAGCUGGAUCCAGCACCGCCGCCGCGGAUGAAAGUACGGAUGGCAGUGGUGACGAGACCAUUUCAAUAUCUUCCACGAAAAAAGGCAAGCGAAAGUCCCAGGAUGUCAAAGAAGAACUGGACAAUUCGCCGAAAAAGCAUUCAAGUGCUGACAACCUUGUUGGGAAAAUUAAUAAUCUUGUCACAACUGACUUGAGCAACGUUACCGAUGGACGAGAUUUCCUCAUGGUUGCGUUGUACGUGCCACUUCAAGUAGGCAUGUGUAUCUGGUUCUUGUAUGAAAUUCUUGGCUGGAGUGCCUUUGCCGGCUUCGCUGUGAUGAUCGUCAUGUUCCCUCUCCCUGGGUACGUUGCCCAGAUGAUUCAAAAGGUGCAGGUAGAGAAAAUGCACAAGACAGAUGCUCGGGUGCAAACCGUGACCGAAACUAUGAAUGUUCUGCGUAUGAUUAAGCUGUUCGGAUGGGAAGAAAAAUUGGACGCGAGGAUUAGCGAGAGAAGAGAAGUAGAACUUGUCUGGACGUGGAAGACGAAGAUCUUAGAACUGGUAAACAACAACUUGAACUACGUAAUUCCGCUGUUUACUAUGAUGGCUUCUUACAUGACAUUCACUCUUAUUAUGGGACAAAACCUAUCUGCUUCAAAGGUUUUCUCGUCGAUGUCAGUUUUUGACAUCCUGAGAGACCAGCUGAACAUCGUGUUCUUCUCCAUUCCAAGAUUUACUCAAGCCAAAGUAUCGCUGGAUCGCGUCAACAGUUUCCUGACUGACACAGAACUAUUGGAUGCCCACGAACAGCAGGACGACGACAGAGUCCAGCUCUUUGUCCAGUCAGAAGAAGAAUCUGACCUCAUCGGCUUCAGAGACGCUGUCUUUGCAUGGUCUAAUGAAUCCCAUGGGUCGCUGACGCCGUCGAAGCGCAAGUUCAGGCUUCGCAUCGAUGGUGAGAUGUACUUCCAACACGGUCGUAUCAACCUUGUCGUUGGACCGACAGGUUCUGGAAAAACAUCAAUGCUUAUGGCUUUGCUCGGCGAAAUGCACUUCACGCCCUCUGGUCCAACAUCUUGGUUUAACCUCCCUCGCAAAGGUGGUGUAGCCUAUGCCGCGCAAGAGUCCUGGGUCCAGAAUGAAACCAUUCGGGCCAACAUCCUUUUUGGCACACCCUAUGAUGAGAUUCGAUACAAGAAAGUCUUGUAUCAGUGUGCUCUGGAGCGCGACCUGACUUUAUUCGAAGCGGGCGAUCAAACAGAAGUUGGAGAAAAGGGUCUUACGCUAAGUGGCGGUCAGAAGGCACGAAUUACUCUUGCAAGAGCUAUCUAUUCUUCGGCGAACACACUGCUGCUUGAUGAUGUUUUGGCUGCUCUGGAUGUCCACACGUCCAAGUGGAUUGUAGAUAAAUGUUUCGCAGGAGAUCUAGUCAAAGAUCGAACAAUUAUCCUUGUGACACAUAACGUUGCUAUGACGAGUUCUAUAGCGCACUUCGUUGUGUCCAUGGGUUCCAACGGUCGGAUUGUCAGCCAUGGAUCGAUAUCGGAGGCCAUUGCAAAGGACAACAAGCUUGCAGCGGAAAUGGCUAAAGAACAGGAAGUGCUCGGUAAAGAGGCUCAGAUCGUAGACACUCCAGAAGAACCGAAGGCCAAGUCCGAUGGCAAGUUGGUGAUGUCUGAGGAAAUUGCAGAGGGUCAUGUUUCCUGGCCAGCUUUCAAGCUCUACCUGACCGGCUUGGGGGGGAACUAUCCUAUGACGUUCUGGGUUGUGUUCUUGGUUCUGAUGGGGUUGACGGACUUCGUCAACACUGUGCAAACCUGGUUCCUUGGGUACUGGGCAUCUCAAUACGAAGAUCGUCUACCUUCAGAGGUCAAUGUCAAAUUCUAUCUCUCUGGAUAUGCCUUGCUCAUGCUCUCUGGCUGUCUCAUGUAUUCGGUUGGGUAUUACAUGUAUUAUCGGGGUUCAAUGCGGGCGUCACGAACCAUUCACAAGAAACUCAUUCAAUCUGUACUUGGAACAACGCUAAGAUGGUUAGACACGACACCUACAUCUCGAGUUAUCACCCGGUGCACACAGGACAUAAGAGCCAUUGAUGGUCCGUUUGCACAGGGAAUUGGUUGGGUCGUUGAACUUUCUUUGACGAUGAUCGUGAAGCUCGGAGCCGUUGUGGUCAUGACGCCUGUCUUCUUGGUGCCCGGUCUCUUCAUUGGCUUGCUAGGUGGAUGGAUCGGUCGCAUCUACAUGAAAGCUCAACUAUCAGUCAAGCGAGAAAUGAGCAACGCGAAAGCACCGGUCCUCGGUCACUUCGGGGCUGCCAUUGCAGGACUUACAUCGAUCCGAGCGUAUGGUGCAGAGGAGGCGUUCAAAGAAGAAUCUCUUAAUCGCAUCGACCGCUACACCAAAUCAGCGCGCAUGUUCUAUAACUUAAAUCGUUGGGUUUGUGUCCGUAUUGAUAUUAUCGGUGGUGGAUUCUCGGCUGGUCUUGCCGCUUAUCUAGUGUACGGUCGUGGAGCCCAUGAGGCGUCAAACAUUGGGUUCUCUCUGAACAUGGCAGUCGGUUUCAGUUCCAUGAUCCUUUGGUGGGUUCGUAUCCUCAACGAGGUGGAAGUCAGCGGUAAUAGUCUGGAACGGAUCGAUAGUUAUAUCAAGAUCGAACAGGAACCUAAGCCUACUGAAGGUGGCCAGCCGCCUGCGUACUGGCCUGCAAGCGGUGAUCUCCGCGUAGAGAAUCUGUCGGCCCGCUACUCGUCGGAUGGACCUAGAGUUUUGCAGGACCUGUCUUUCCACAUUAAAUCAGGUGAACGCGUUGGUAUCGUGGGGCGAACUGGAAGCGGAAAGAGUUCCUUGACCCUCUCUCUCCUUCGCUGCAUUUUUACAGAAGGCAAUGUUUAUUAUGAUGGGAUUCCGACAAGUGGGAUCAAUUUAAAUGCCCUGCGGUCCAACGUGACCAUCAUACCUCAGAUCCCCGAGCUCCUGAGCGGAACGCUUCGUCAGAACUUGGAUCUCUUCGAGCAGCACGAUGAUGCGGUGCUUUACGAUGCUUUACGCGCUGCCGGACUCUUUUCUGUCGAAGACGAGUCCGAGGCGAGCUUAACAUUAGACAGUGCGAUCGCAAGCGGAGGAGGGAAUCUAUCAGUUGGUCAACGCCAGAUCUUAGCUCUGGCUAGAGCUAUGGUCCGCGGAAGCAAACUGCUUAUACUGGAUGAGGCAACUUCCGCUAUUGAUUAUAAGACCGAUUCUGCCAUCCAGUCUUCUCUCCGCAAUGAGCUGAAUAACGUAACUCAGAUUAUCGUUGCACAUCGGCUGCAGACGAUCAUUGAUGCUGAUAAGAUUAUGGUCCUCGAUGCCGGUAGACUUGUCGAAUUUGGCAGUCCAUUGGAGCUAUUGCAAAAUGAACAGGGUACGUUACGUGCUCUAGUCGAUGAAUCUGGGGACAAAGAAGCAUUAUACGCGGCGGCUCACGGCAAGUCACUGGAAGAAGUAGAGAGAUUGUAGUCGGAGGGUAGUUUAUGAUCUAUCAUACUUGCAGAAGUGGAAAUUCUUGUACCCCACAAGUGGGUACAAGUCUGGUGAAAAAUUUAUCUGUUCCCUCGUACCCUCAAUCAUACCAAUUCACGCCCGCCUAUCAGCUCACAGCUUCAUUUGGCAUGCUAACAUUUGUCAGCACAAUGUUGCUUGAUUUUCGCUCCCUUCAAGUUGUUGUUCUCCUUGUUGUCUACACAUUAUUCUCCCCUAGACAACCCUUUAUAGAUGAAAGAAGAUACUUGUCCCUUCUAAUAAAGCAUGUCAAUGUUGCCAUUCAACACGGAGAGUGCUAGUGCACGACCAC